GUUCAUCCGCCUUCGAUGAUCGAAGCGAAACGAAACUGGUUGAUGGAUGCAAUAUCGCUGGAUCAUGGUUGAUAGUCGGCCGACUGUUAACUUUCGAUGACCGGCUACGGUAACGCGUUAAACCGUGUCCACAACCGUGUUCACACAAUGGAAAGGUUGUCCGUGCUAAUGAGAUUCGUCCGUUCCACGCCAAGAGCUGUUUGGUACCUACGUGAACGCGCCGGGACAUCCCAACACGAUCGAGACGCUUACUAUAUAAAGGCCGCCCUCCAGAUUUUCUCAUCGUCACUUCGCACUCGAAUCUCGAAGAAGUUGGUGCUAACUGGUCCAGCAAACUUGUUAUUUCCAUUCGAUAAAGCGUCCAACCAAGAUGAAGAUCGCGCUAAUCGUUGGCCUUGUCACGAUGUUGGCUGGCGCCAUCGCCUAUCCUGCUGCUCUCCCUGCCGCAGAACAGGAUGCUGUUCCCGAGGAACAAGAGAGUCCAGCGUCGAGGCCAAUUAGAGAGGCGAAUCCUCACCGCCAUUUCGGAUUCGGUGGAUUUCAUGGUGGAUUCGGUGGAUUCGGUGGCUUUCCACCCCGCUUUCCCGUAGGCGGCUUCGGAGGUUCUCACAGUUCUGCCGGCGCUAUCAGCUCCCCGUUCGGAAGCGCCGCUUUUGCCAGCUCAAGGGCCGGAGGCUUUGGACGAUGAGAAGCAGUUGCCUCCGCUUCUUGGAUUCCGUCAAUUUUCUUCAACAACGACAAUAGCCCGUGUUGCUCAAUUUU